AUGAAACGAAUGGAUUCCUUUUCGGCGUCAGUGAUAUUGUUGUUGGCUUGCGUUUUGAAAGUGGGAUGUGAGACAAAUGCCCAGCCAGCAAAGAAUAACUCGACAAUACCAUCUGAAACAAUAAAUACUAUGCUACAAAGAUCGAUGCGAGAUAGCUACCGCCGACCCGAUCUUCCUAUAUUUGGGGAAGAAGACAUCAAAACAAGAAUAAGUAAUCAUAAUACUCGCAAUCGCACAAGAGACGAUGAUGUCAUCCGGCACGACCACCAAGUACCGAUACAGACCGCUACAAAAAAGUCAUCAUCCAAGAAAUCAUCAAGCUCAGCCACUUCUUCGAGCAGGAGUUCCAAGAAAAGCAGCAAAAGAGAAGGAACCAUCCUGUUCCCCACCCAUCGACCGACGAGCCUUCCGACGACGACCCAGCCAACAAUGACACCAGCAACCGCACUGCCGACAUCGUCAUCCGUACCUACCACGUCGUCAAUGCCUACUAUUUCGCCAUCGGAAAUACACUCGCCCACGGAUCAACCUACUCGUGUUAUUCCAACAAGAGAUCCCACCCCUGGACCCACUCCACGGGGCACGACUAGUGCACCAACGGCCGAACCUCCUGGCUUUCCAAUUGAAGCGUCAACCUAUUCGUUGAAUUUCUUUUUUGAUAACACGUCAGGAAACAUUGAGACUACCGAUGAGGACUUUGUGCAAUUAGGAGAGGUGACUCAGUUAUAUUUUGAUGACUACUUUGACAGAAAGUAUGGGUCUACCUUUAUCAUCUCUUUCAAAGAAGCGCUCACUCAAGUGGUUGGGUUCUCAGCGCUUUCCUUGCCGAUUGAAACUUUCUUCUUUACAACCGUUAUCUUUUCCGAAACCUCCAUCUUCUAUCCGCCUUUAUCGGAAGUAGAGCGGGAAAUUGAAAAGGCCUUUAUUACAUUUGGGAGCAACUUUGAGUAUCUAAUGGCGGUAAGGGGACUUCCUACAUCGAAUGCAUUCCAGACUGUUUCGAGUGUGAGUUGGGUAGGCUUUGGAGGUGGCUAA